CUAAACUUUGGUGGCCCUUAGUAACCCCAACAACAAUAAUUUCCCGCGGUUUGUCUGGCUGUCUCUUCUUACUCAUUUAGCUGAGUAUUAAGCUGUGUGGCAGCUCUUUUAUAAAUCCCUGGCGCAUAAUUUUGAAUUGGAAAGAUAAAAAUGAGUUUGUGGGUUGAUAAAUACCGGCCAAGAGAAUUGGGUAAAUUGGAUUAUCAUCUGGAACAAGCGAAUCAACUGAAAAAGAUGGUUGAAUAUGGCGACUUUCCCCAUCUGCUCGUCUAUGGGCCAUCGGGAGCUGGCAAGAAAACACGAAUAAUGUGUCUGCUCAGAGAGUUAUAUGGCCCUGGCGUUGAAAGACUUCGAAUUGAGCAUCAGAAUUUUGAAACUCCUUCUAGAAAGAAGCUGGAAAUUAUAACUAUUGCCAGUAACUAUCACUUGGAGGUGAACCCCAGUGAUGUUGGCUUCUAUGAUCGUGUGGUGAUUCAGGAGCUCAUCAAAACUGUGGCCUCUGCCCAGCAGUUAGACACUAGUGGCCAGCGAGAAUUUAAAGUGGUGAUUUUGACAGAAGUUGAUAAGCUGACUAAAGAUGCUCAGCAUGCCCUUCGCAGGACAAUGGAGAAAUAUUCAGCCACUUGCCGAUUGAUUCUUUGUGCCAAUUCCACAUCAAAGGUGAUCCCACCUAUCCGCAGUAGAUGUCUAGGAAUAAGAGUAGCAGCUCCCUCCUUAGAGACCAUUGCACAGGUGCUGCAGACUGUGUGCAAAAAGGAGGGCCUUUCCCUUCCCCCAGAGUUGGCAAGAAAAAUUGGAGAAAAAUCCAACCGCAACUUACGACGAGCCCUGCUGAUGUGCGAGGCCUGCAAGGUGCAACACUACCCCUUCAACCCACAACAGGAAGUCAGUGUCCCUGACUGGGAAACUUUCUUACAAGGCACUGCUGCCAAAAUUAUAGAGGAACAGAGCCCCAAACGAUUACUGGAAGUUCGUGAAAGAAUAUACGAGCUCCUGACGCAUUGCAUACCUCCAGAUAUUAUUUUCAAGGGUCUGUUGAAGGAACUGGUACGUAACUGUGAUGGGGAGCUGAAGUGUGAGGUGACGCGUUUAGCAGCAUACCAUGAACACCGCCUCAACCUGGGCUCCAAAGCUAUAUACCACAUUGAAGCCUUCAUUUCUGCCUUUAUGGCUAUCUACAAAAAGUUCUUGGAAGAAAGCAUGGCAGCAAUGUUUUAAAUGGUGAAAAGAAAAUCCAAGAGUGAAAGUUUGAUUUGUCCUGAGCAUGACAUCCUUUACCUAUGUUAAAUAUUUGUAGCUUGAACAAAUAUUUCACUUCACUGGAAAUUUUUACCAAUAAAGUAUUUUUCUUGAA